AUGGUACUGCAGAACAAGUACAAAGCGCGUGCCUCGAGACGAUACCAAGCCGCUCGUGGGGGCGGUAGCGGAGCAGGUGAGCGAGGGAGAGGCAGGGGCAGAGGUCGGGGCAGAGGUCGUGGAGGUGCGCACGGUACUCAUGGACAACAGCGGGGGGAGGGCUCAGAGGAGGACGAUCAAGAGAGCGAGGGUGAGGAAGAAGAAGGAGCAGGAGCGGACGAGGAGGUCGAGGAAGUAGAAGGCGAAGCAGAAGGACCAAGCACGUCCGCAGCCGCCAGCAGCGCGACAAAGAAGGAAGACUCAUCGUCUUCUACCCGCUCAAAGUACGCACGACGCAAACUUGAAAGCAACGCCUGGCGCUUCGAACAUCCGAGCGACGAAGAGAAGGAGGACCAAGAACAAGAACCUGAGCCGGAAGUCGACCUCAGCUCCGUCUUCGCAAAGGCACGAAUCGAUCAUGCUGCCGCGCAGGACCGUUCGCAUCCCGCUGCAAAUCAAGACGACGAUGAUGAUGAUGUGGAUACGACUCUCGCGCACCUCCACGACCGCGAUCGCGAACGGCGUCGACAGCAAGACGUCCCGCGACGCCCAACGCACAGUGUGACGGCCGCGCCCGCAGGCUACGAGGAGGCCCUAGCCGCCAAUCGGGCAGUAGCUGAGCGAGGCGAUGCAGGACUGAGACGCUGGGGUCAGAUGGAGGCUGGGUUGAAGCAGAGGGCUGACGUUGGCAGAGGAAGAGGAGGAAUCGGAGCCAGGAAGGAGGACAAGGGAGAAAAACAGCCCGCCACGCUCGAGGGGCAAGACUUCUUAGACUCGAUGCUGGCAUGA